AUGACUGGAUGUCUCUGAUAUGACGGGGAGAAGUGGUGAUCGUUAUUAUGAUAAUAACGCGAUUGUGACUCAUCAUAUCCCGGCGCUCAGUGUUGACCGAAAUUAUUGUAUUCCAAGACAGCAUUGAAGACACGUACUAUUUCCAUGUCAUGCAUUGAACGUGUAAAGGUACUGGUGAAUACAAUAUGGCGGUCUUAUAUUUGUAGAUUACACGCUGAAAGCGAAUCCUGCCGUGUAGACAGGAGAGAGGUGACCGAAUAAAAAAAGAGCGGAAGGACAAGAGACGGAAAUGGAAGGUAGCCCAUUUGUUCAUUGCUUUCCAUAAUCUAGUGGAUAUACGCUACAAACAGGAGUACCUCAACAUCUUGGGAUCGAUUUCAUCAGUAUAGAUCUGAUUUCGAAUCUAAUUAACCAGAUUCUAAUGAAAAACAAUUUCAAGGUCAGGUUUAUAAUAAACACAUUAGCUAGAACACAUCGAUAUAUAUGAUUGCAUUAUCAUAAUGACAUCCUGCUCGGUCAAUAUAGUCAGCACAUAACAGUACCGGUGGUCUUUGAUUUGCAUCAUCUCAAACAUGAGACCGUGGCAAUACGGUCAUUAAAGAUUUGCCGAUGCAAACCCUAUAUCACCAAGACAACUGAAAAAAAGAACUCAUCGCAAUUAUGUCCGCCAUUUCGGAUUGCUAUGGAAACCAAUUGUCUGCUCUCCGUCUGCAUGAGCUAUCGGAGCAUCUACACCCUGAUGACUACAGACGGCUUGGCUUGACAUUGGGUCUUGAAGAGAUUCGCCUGACCAAUCUCGAGAGUGCAAAAUGUGGAAACAUUCAAGAAUGCAUUUAUCAGGUGCUAGUUGAUUGGACGAAACGUAAUGGACGUGGCGCUACGUCACAAGUGCUCCUCCAAUCACUGAAGCAGAUUGGUAAUCAAGCUGCUGCUGAUUGGCUUCAGGCAGAGAUCGAGUCAUCUCUAUCUAUUGCCCCACAAGAAGAUAUUGACUCUAUAUGCAGAAGAGGAAAUGUUCCUUCUUUACCAGACUGCCUUACCGAAAGAUCUGUUGAAAUCGCUGAUGUCACCAAUAAGCUUCGUGAGUUGUCAUCGUUGUCGUCAUCAUCGACAUCACCGUCGGCCUCUACAACAGUCACUCGAUGGCUCGUUGUGCAUGGACUUGGUGGGAUGGGUAAAUCAGUUCUCAUCAACCAGGCGAUCAGAGAUGAACAGCUCGUCAAAGGCAAGUCAGAUUAUUAACACUUCG